GGAGCUGGAAUCACCUGAAGCUCCCAAGACUUGAAGACAGAUCCCCGGAGGAUUCAGCACCUGUUCAGCCUAAUUGCAGCCUCUGUGGGCAUCUAGAACUGACUCAUCUCUGCUGUUUCCUCUCACUCUUCUGUUUACCGACCUCAGAAUAGUCCUGUUUAGAAGCCCUUUAAAACCAAAAUGCUGAUUGAUUCUUUCUGCUACAGAGGGAAGGAGAAAAGAAGGGAGGAAGAAAGAGAAAUAGAGAGAAGGAAAAAGAGAAGGGGAAGAAGAGAAAAAGGAAGGAAGAGUUUGAAACGGAGAGAAAAUCUUGGAAGUGUUCCAUUGCCGUGAGAGAGUGGAAGAGAGAGAGAGAGAGAGAAACAUCGAUGUGAGAGAGGUACAUCAAUUGUCAUAUGUCCAGGGAUCAAGCCUGCAAUCCAGGCAGACCCCAAAUGUGGCAGCUUCUAGCAACAGCAUGCUGGAUACUUCUUCUUGCACCUCUAUAUGGUUGUCACAAGAAAGGAAGCACCACAAAUCCUGAAGCUCAUAUGAAUAUUAGCCAAGUCAUUUCGUACUGGGGUUAUCCUUAUGAAAAUUAUGAUGUUGUGACAAAAGAUGGCUAUGUCCUCGGAAUUUACAGGAUUCCUCACGGGAGAGGAUGUCCAAGAACAGAUCCAAGACCUGUUGUGUAUUUGCAACAUGGCUUAGUUGCAUCUGCCAGUAACUGGAUUUGCAACUUGCCCAACAACAGCUUGGCUUUCCUUCUAGCAGAUACUGGUUAUGAUGUGUGGAUGGGGAACAGCCGGGGAAAUACCUGGUCCAGAAAACACUUGAAAUUCUCACCCAAAUCACCAGAAUUCUGGGCCUUCAGUGUGGAUGAGAUGGCUAAAUAUGAUCUUCCAGCCACGAUUGAUUUUAUUGUAGAGAAAACUGGACAGGAGCGACUCUUCUAUGUGGGCCACUCGCAAGGCACCACCAUCGCUUUCAUAGCAUUCUCUACAAACCCAGAGCUGGCUAAAAGGAUUAAAAUAUUUUUUGCAUUGGCUCCAGUCAUUACAGUGAAAUAUACCCACAGUCCUCUGAGAAAAUUAACAAAUCUUUCCAGAAAAGGAGUCAAGGUGUUAUUUGGUGACAAGAUGUUCUCUCCUCAUACAUUUCUUGAACAAUUCAUUGCCACCAAAGUGUGCAACCAGAAGCUAUUUCAUCGUAUUUGCAGCAACUUCCUAUUUUCUUUUUGUGGAUUUGAUCCAAAAAACUUAAACAUGAGUCGCUUGGAUGUUUAUAUGGCACAGAGUCCGGCAGGAACAUCUGUUCAGAACAUGCUACACUGGGCCCAGGCGGUUCAUUCUGGUCUGUUCCAAGCUUUUGAUUGGGGAAACCCUUAUCAGAACAUGUUACACUUCCAACAGUUUACACCUCCCUUAUACAACGUUACUAAGAUGGAAGUGCCAACAGCAAUGUGGAGUGGUGGACAUGACAUUGUGGCUGAUCCCAGGGACAUUGAAAGUUUACUGCCGAACAUCACCAGACUUAUUUAUUACAAAUGUAUUCCACACUACAAUCAUGUGGAUUUUUACCUUGGACAGGAUGUGACCCAGGAAAUUUACCAAGACCUAAUUAGAAUGAUGGAGGACUAUUGCUAAAAUUAAACACACUUACCUUUUUCUAAGCACCAAGUUUCCAUGAUAAUAAUGUGGCACACAGACCCAAAGGUGACCCCUCCAAUGAUUUUGACCUCCUCAUGUCCAUGCAUUUGUGUGGCUCACCUUCCUUGAGUUAGGGAGGCACCUGAGACUUGCUCCUAGAAUUAGCAAAGGUGAUGGGAUGGCAACCCUUAAUUAGAUUAUGUUUAUGGCAAAGGUGCUGGGAUGUCAUUCUCUGAUUACUUUAUAUUCUGUAAGAAACCAUCUUAGCAGACUGGAGCAAGAAAUUCUCCCUGUUGGCCUGAUGAAGUAAGCAGCUAUGUCGAGGAAACCCACAUAGAAAGGCAUUGUGUCUGGCUUCUAGGAUCUGCAGGUGAUCGCCAGCUAAUAACUUGCAAAGAAUCAGGACACUCAGUCAUAAGACCCUAAGGCAGUGGUUCUCAACCUUCCUAAUGCCGUGACCCCUUAAUACAGUUCCUCAUGUUGUGGUGACCCCCAACCAUAAAAUUAUUUUCAUUGCUACUUCAUAACUGUAAUUUUGCUACUGU